AUGGACACGACACAACAGAUUGCCGAGACUUUGCGCACCGCUCCAGGGCGGAACCCCCCAGGCACAAAAAUGAAUCGCCCCAAACAAACAGGCCCCCGCCCAUGCACGACAACCAAAGUGGGCGCGAAGAGGUUGUCCCUCGUCAAAGGGAUGUUUUUCCCACGACGAAGGGAGCGUGAUACAGAGAGGCUCAGGGAAGGGCACAGGCACCAAAGAAAUCGACAAGUCCAGAAUGAAGCUCCUAUGCACGAGAUAGAUACCAUAUUUAGAGGCCCGUAUGUUGGUGGUGAAACACGAAACGCCAAAAGGAAUUACGCCCGGGAGGCUAAACACCCCCCUUUGACAAGUUACAUUGUGGAUAGCAACUCCCGGAGGAACCAAGUUCCACCUAUUAUCUUCACUCAGGAAGACGCCGAAGGAGUUCACUUCCCCCAUUGCGAUGCACUUGUUGUGAGGGUCGUCAUAGCCCGAAAUGGGCUCAAGCGAAUGUUAGUUGACAACGGUAGUUCUGUCAACAUUCUAUUCCAAUCCGCGUUUGACAAGAUGAUAUUGGAUCAUCAGUUGACACCCACCACGACUCCUCUGUAUGGAUUCACAGGAGAUAGCAUCACUCCAAGGGAAAAGAUAACGCUUGCAUUGGAGAUGAGAGAGUCUCCCCAAGCUACAAUAAACUUCAUGGAGUUCCUCAUUGUCGACAGUCGAUCGCCUUACCAUGGAGUAUUAAGUAGGCUAUCCCUAAAAGAAUUGGAAACAGUCACCUCUAUCCACCACCUAUGCAUGAAAUUUUCGACGAAAAAUGGGGUAGAAACGGUGAGAGGUGACCAAAGAGGGCCGGGAGAGUGCUAUCUAAGCUCCAUCAAAAAGGUAGAACCCCGGGACGUCCAUGUAAUCAUAGCCAAUAUAGUCAUGGCUGACGUCCCAGGUGAUGCUCCCACUGAACCAGAAGAUAUCGAUAUGAUAGAUGCACUACCCAAUCCAGAGGUCUUGGUCAUUGACGAGAUCGAUCCCCGCAUAAUUGAACACGAACCUCAAGCAUCCCCAGUCGAGGAACUUGAGAACUUCUCGGUCGAUCCUAAGGUUGCCCCACACAGGCAGAAAAGGAGAGCCCUCAAUCCUGAAAGGUACGAGGCUCUAAAGGAAGAGGUUCAGAAGCUCAUCCAAAACGGCUUUAUCAGGGAAGCUACCUGUCCUAGGUGGGUCUCCAACCUGGUUUUGGUAAAGAAACACAAUGACAAGUGGAGGUUGUGCAUUGAUUUCACUAACCUCAACAGAGUUUGCCCGAAAGACAGCUUUCCUCUCCCAAGGAUUGACCAACUAGUAGACUCCACGGUUGGGCACAAGCUCGUCAACAAAAUGUUUAUGGACCUCAUCGGCAAGACGAUGGAGGUAUACGCGGAUGACAUGUUGGUAAAAAGUCUGGAGGCUAAGGACCACAUAACGCAUCUCAACAGCACAUUCCAGAUCUUGAGAAGAUAUAGGAUGAGGCUCAACCCCCUCAAGUGCGCCUUUGGAGUGGCUUCCGGCAAAUUCUUGGGAUACAUGGUCAAUCAACGCGGAAUUGAAGCCAACCUGGAGAAGAUUGAGGCCUUAUAA